AGCUGCCGGUCGUACCGAGCCGUGCCGGCCCGGCAUGGCUUCCCGGGAGCGGCUCUACGAGCUUUGGAUGCUGUACUUUGCUAAGAAGGACCUCUCCUACCUGCAGCAGUGGCUGGAAGCCUUUGUUAUGAACUUUGAGAAGAUCAUCGCUUUGCCCUCGCUGGAACCCAGAAGGCCAGAAGAGUCGGUGUCCGAGAUCCCGGUGCUGCCGCGGGAGGUGCUGCAGGUGUUGAGCCAACGGCUGGGACAAUGCGUGGCCCAACUCCCGCGGGAAGAAGGUGGUGGAGGCAGCUUGGGACAGGCGCUGCUCCUCCUCAAGUUCUUCAUCAUCAUCUGCAGGAACCUGGAGAACAUCCAAGAGGACAAAACCCCCGGCUUCAUCCUGGAGGUUCUGAAGCUACUGAGGGUCUGUGCCAGCCAGCUGAAGAGGAUCCAGGAGGAUGAACGGAGCAGGGCGCAGCUGGAGAGCACGAUGCUCCAUGCCCUGCAUCUCUGCGAGUGCCUCUUUGACCCCUACCAGACGUGGCGGCGGCAGCUGAGUGGGGAAGUCAUCAGCGCCAAGGAGAAGAGUAAAUACAAGUUUGCUCCAGCGCCUUUGCCACCGGAGUUUGGUGCCUUCUUCCAAGAGAGUUUCCAAGCCGGAGAGCAGCUCCCCGAAAGGCUCCAGCUUCGACUUGUCCAUCUUUUUGGUGCCAUCCUCUCCGGAUCUAAGCCCAACGCUCUUCGGGCCGUCACGCCGCCGGCAGUGGAGGUGCUGCUGGAGCUGCUGCGACGAGGAGGUGGAGAGACUCCACCAGUCCCCGGGUUGCUGGAGCUGGUGCUACGCAGCGUGGUGGCCGUGGUCCAUGUGCUGCACGGCAGCAGUCCCGGUGUUGGCCCCAUGCCGUUGCGUGUCCUCCUGGAUGGUUACUUCAGGGUGCUCAAUUCGGACCUUCCCGUCACUUCCUUGGCACCGGAGGCAGCUGGUGGCCUCAUCGCUCUCCGUGUGCUCAUGCUGGAUGCCAUCCCGGCCAUGCUGAACUGUGAGGAUCGGCCGGUCCUCCAAGCCGUCUUUCUCAGCAACAACUGCUUCGAGCACAUCAUCCGACUCCUCCAAAACAGCAAGCUCUACCUCGGCAGCUCGCGGGAGGUGCCCAAAGCCCGGGAUGAGGUUCUCACACAACCACCAGAUGGAGAAGGUCUCCAGCAGGUCUUGGGCAGCAGCUCCGAUGCCAUCGCAGUCCAUGCCGUUGGCGUGCUCACCGCCAUCAUGAGCAACUCUCCUUCAGCAAAGGAGGUCUUCAAGGAACGCAUCGGCUAUGCCCACCUCUACGAGGUCUUGAGGAGCCAAGGCCAGCCCACCCAGCGCCUGCUGCAGGAGCUCCUCAACAUGGCAGUGGAGGGCGACCACAGCUCCUUCCCGGUACGUCCCAUCCGCAACGAGCAACCUCUGCUCAUCCUCCUGUCUUGGUUGCCGGCAUUGACGUGCCGGGAGCUCCAAAUCUUCCUCUCCAACCGGCUACGGCGACUCUGCGAAGCCUCCUUGCCCAGCCGCCUCACCUGCGUCAAAGCAGGGAUGGUGGGUUGUCUUCUGGGUGCCCUGGCCACCGAGCCAGCGCUGCCGGUUUCCUGCUCCGAGAACUUGCUGGAGCUCCUGCAGGCGUUGGGCAGCGUCUCCAUCCGUCCUGGUGAACUGCGGCAGCUGCUGCGGCUGCUUCGGCAGGACCAAAGUCGAGGACCUCAUCCCUACACGGCACUGGUCAUCCGGGCGCUCUCGGGGAUGGCUCGGGUUGAAGGACCUCCUCGAGCUUUGCAGAGCUUCGACUUAACACCUGGGAUGGCGGGGAUCAUGGUGCCCACCAUCCAGAAGUGGCCUGGUGGUGCCUUUGCCUUCCACGCCUGGUUGUGUCUCAGCGAGGAGGAGCUCGAGCCACCGGCGAGACCCAAGAGGAGACAGCUCUACAGCUUCUUCACAGCCGGCGGGACAGGCUUUGAGGCUUUCUUCACCACUGGUGGGGUGCUGGUGGUGGCCGUCUGCACCAAGAAGGACUACAUGACAGUGGCGUUGCCAGAGGUUGCCUUCAACGACUCGGCUUGGCACUGCGUUGACGUUGUCCACGUCGCUGGGCGACGACCCUUUGGCCAGAACGUGGUCAGCAUCUACACCGAUGGGCACCUGCGGAAGACGGCGCAGCUCCGCUUCCCCUCCCUCCAUGAGUCCUUCACCUCGUGCUGCAUCGGCUCCGCUGGCCACCGGACCACCACCACCACCAUCACCACCAGCCACCCACCAGCAUCCCAUGGAGUGGAGCUGGUUUUCCCUCCACGCCCCUCACUCGGCCGCUCCCAAUCCGUCCCCGCCGCUCUGGGUCCUCACGCCUGGAUCCCAACUCAACCUCCCACCGAGGGGGUGGUGGCCACCACCGCGGCGGGCAGCCAGGACACCGAGUGGGGCAGCCCCACCUCCCUGGAGGGUCACCUGGGCUCCGUUGCCAUCUUCUGCGAGGCUCUGCAGCAAGCCCAGGUCAAGGCACUCUUCUGCGCGGGGCCGAACAUCACAUCACCGUUUACACUGGAAGGUGACCUGGUGGAGCUCAGCAGCAAACUCUUGCUCUACUACAACCCCCAGGCCUGCAGGAAUAAUAUCUGCCUGGACCUCUCUCCCAGCCACGGCUUGGACGGGAGGCUGACGGGGCACAGGGUGGUCAACUGGGACAUCAAGGACGUGGUCAACUGCGUGGGUGGGAUGGGAGUGCUGCUGCCUCUCCUCGAGCAAGUGGUGUCCAAGAAGGAAGAGCCUGAGGAUGAGCAGGAGACCAACGACCUGGUAGGACCGGAGCUGACGUCCUCCAGGAACGCACAGGGCAUGCUCAUCCCGUUGGGCAAGUCCUCAGAGAGCAGGUUGGAGAGGAACAGUGUGGCCGCCUUCUUACUGCUGGUGAAGAACUUCAUCCAGAACCACUCGGUCAACCAGGAGAGCUUGGUGCAGUGCCACGGGCCGGCCAUCAUCGGGGCGCUGCUGCAGAAGGUCUCUGGGCCACUGCUGGACAUGAGCACGUUGAUGGCCUCCCAGAUCCUCAUGGACCAGGUGGCCUCUGAGGGCAGUGGGCUUCUGCUGCACCUUCUCUACCAACAUCUCCUCUUUGACUUCCGCAUCUGGAGCAACAGUGACUUCGCCGUCCGCUUAGGGCACAUCCAGUACCUGGCCAACGUCGUCAAGGACCACAAGCAGCGCAUCCGCAAGAAGUAUGGAGUGCAGUACAUCCUGGAUUCCAUCAGGACCUUCUACAGUACCUCCAGGGAGAAGACCACAGCCACCGAUGACAUCAAGACGGUGCAGACAUCCCUCUUCAGCCUGGUGAAGGAGUUCUUCUGCAGGAACUUCUCCGGGGAGGAGAUGCAGAGCUUGCUGAGCUACGUGGCCGGAGUCCAGGAUGAGCAGCAGGUCUGUGGAGCGCUGGAGGUGAUCCACAGCCUGCUGAAGGCCUCACCUGCCCAGGAGCAGCUCUUUGCCUUCCUCUUUGAGCCAGGCCACGUGGAGGUCCUGUUUUCACUGCUGGUACAGAAGAAGUUCUCAGAUGAAGUGCGGGAGAGGGUCUUCAAGGUCCUCUACAAGAUGUUGAAGUAUGAGAAGGUCCCCGAGCGUACCAAGAACCGCCUGAAGCUGAAGGACAUUGGCUACCAGGGGCUGAUUGCCUUCCUCAACGAGGUCCCCAGCUCCGUGCUGCUCUUCCGCUGCCUCUCGGAGCAGGUCCUCGGGGCAGAUCCUCCCAACUACAAGGACCUGGUGGCUCUGGUUUACCUGUCCCAUCGGGCUGAAUUGACCGUCCGGCUCGAUAUCUGCCGCAAGCUCUUCCACUUGAUCUACGCGCAGCAGGACAUGGUGAGGCAGCUGGCGAGGUUGGCCGGCUGGCAGGACACACUCACCAAGCUCUACGUCAAGGAGUCCUAUGAGUCCCGCCAGCACAACCUGGACAAUGGGGGCUGCUUGGAGCUCUUCCACCUCUCGGACACGCCGAGCAAAGAGGGGACAAGCCCACCACCGGCCGAACUCCAGGAGCUGGAUGUCUUCUUGCCCCUGGGCUACGAGACCUCGGACCAGGAGCUCUCGGAGGGCUUCUCUGACCACUCCAUCUCCCCGAGCGGCCGCACCAAAUCCUUCCACUCCUACAACUUCAAAUCUUUUGACUCUUCUGACCGGGCCAGUCGGUCAUCUUCUAACCCUGGUGAUGGUCCUCCCUUUGAAGGUGUCUACCACCCUCUCUCCCCCUUCUCCACCUCUCCCUUCGAUCUUGGGCUUGACCUGGCCAGCACCAGCUCCAUGACCACGGCUGAGAGUGGUGCGCAGACCCCCACCAGCGGACCUGGCACCCCGUCCCCGCUGGAGAGCUUCAAACCCUUCCCAGGGAUGCGAGCCCGGAAGAGCUCCAGCCUCUCCAACGUCCUGGAUGAGAGCAGCUACCAGGACGCAUUGCCCAGCGAUAACAUCUCCAACACCAGCAACCCCCAGCAAACACCUGAGGAGGAACUGUGCAACCUCUUGACCAACAUCAUCUUCUCAGUCACCUGGCGUGGGGUGGAAGGCUGGGACGACGCAGCGUGGAGGGAACGUGGGCAGGUCUUCUCCGUCCUCACCAAACUGGGGACGGCGUGCGAGUUGGUGCGGCCACCUGAUGAGAUCAAGCGUAGCCUCCUGGAGAUGAUGCUGGAGUCAGCCCUGACGGACCUAAAGGAGUCGGGACCCACCACCCUCCCUGGUCUCACCCACAACACCCUCAAACUGCUGCGGCUGCUCCAGGACUUCUUGUUCUCUGAGGGACACAACAACCAGGCUUUGUGGAGCGAGAAGAUCUACGAGGGCGUCAGCAGUUUGCUGGACAAGCUGGGCGUCUGGUACCACCUGGCCAACGGCACCUCCGACCUCAAGGAGAUGGCCCAAACGGGUCUACGCAUCCUUGUAGGCUACAUCAUGCUGCAGGACCCCCAGCUGCACUCGCUGGCAUACGUGAAGCUUCACAGCCUUCUGCAGACCUCCUCGGCCCCCAAAAAGGAUGAGGCUUGCUACCUUCUGGGCAAGCUGGAGACUCCACUGCGCCGCUCGUUAGACGCCAAAUCGGAGACCUUCUCCUGGUUGGUGCCCGUUGUCCGGACACUCAUGGACCAAUGCUAUGAGACCCUGCAGCUGCAGAUCUUCCUGCCCUCCCUACCCCCAACCAACGGCAGCCCAACCUUCUAUGAGGACUUCCAGCUCUUCUGCACCACCCCGGAGUGGAGAAGCUUCAUCGAGAAGCACGUGCAGCCCACCAUGGCCCAGUUUGAGAUGGACACCUUCGCCAAGAGCCAUGACCACAUGUCCAAUUUCUGGAAUGCCUGCUACGAUGCCAUGAUGAGCAGCUCCCAGCGACGGGAGCAGGAGAAGACAACCAGCCGCAAGAUGUUCCAGGAACUGGUGCUGGAACCCGUGGCGAAACGCGCCAAAGCGGAGAACAUCCGUCACGCCAACGUCCUCAAGCAGACCAACAACCACCACAGCACCGUGCUGAAGCAGUGGAGGUCCUUGUGCCGUCUCCUCACCUCCCCUCGCUCCGCCUGGGCUGACCGGAACCCACCAGAGGUUCGGUGGAAGCUGUCAAGCGCCGAGACCUACUCCAGGAUGAGGCUGAAGCUGGUGCCCAACCUGAAUUUUGACCAACACUUGGAGGCCAGCGCCCUGCGGGACAAUCUAGGAGCUGAGCAUCUCCACAACCCCGCUGAGUCCCUCCCCCUCGCCAUGGCCAAGGAGGCCAAGGUGAGUGAGCUGGAGGAUGACCAACUGGCUGAGGAGGACCUCCCUGUCCUGGACAACCAGGCUGAGCCCAAGGAGCAGAACCAGCGGGAGAAGCUGGUGGUCUCGGAGGACUGUGAGCUGAUCACGACGGUGGCUGUUGUCCCCGGUCGCCUGGAGGUGACAACCCAGCACGUCUACUUCUACGAUGGCAGCAGUGAGAAGGAGGAGACAGAGGGAGGGAUCGGCUAUGACUUCAAGCGCCCCUUGUCCCACCUCCGUGAGGUCCACCUCCGCCGUUACAACCUCCGCCGCUCUGCGCUGGAGCUCUUCUUCAUCGACCAGGCCAACUACUUCCUCAACUUCAAGAAGAAGGUGAGGAACAAGGUGUACUCCUGCAUCCUUGGCUUGCGACCACCCAACCAGAUCUACUUCGGCAGUCGGUCACCUCAGGAACUGCUGAAAGCCUCGGGGCUCACCCAGAAAUGGGUCCUGCGGGAGAUCUCCAACUUCGAGUACCUCAUGCAGCUCAACACCAUCGCAGGACGCACCUACAACGAUCUCUCCCAGUACCCUGUGUUCCCCUGGAUCCUGCGGGAUUACGUCUCCGAGACCCUUGACCUCACCAACCCAGCCGUGUUUCGGGACCUCUCCAAACCCAUCGGAGUUGCCAACGAGCGACACGCCCGGGACGUCAAGGAGAAGUAUGAGAGCUUUGAGGACCCCACGGGCACAGUGGACAAGUUCCACUACGGGACACACUACUCCAACGCAGCGGGCGUCAUGCACUACCUGAUCCGCACCGAGCCCUUCACCACCCUCCACAUCCAACUGCAGAGCGGCAGGUUUGACUGCUCGGACCGGCAAUUCCACUCGGUGCCGGCGGCGUGGCAAGCCCGCAUGGAGAACCCUGUGGACGUCAAGGAGCUCAUCCCUGAGUUCUUCUACUUCCCUGAGUUCCUGGAGAACCAGAAUGGCUUCGACCUGGGCUGCCUGCAGCUCUCCAACGAGAAGGUGGGUGACGUGGUGCUGCCGCGGUGGGCGCGCUCUCGAGAAGACUUCAUCUACCAGCACCGUAAAGCCCUGGAGUCCGAGUACGUCUCAGCCCACCUCCACGAGUGGAUCGACCUCAUUUUUGGGUACAAGCAACGAGGUCCAGCUGCCGUGGAGGCCCUCAAUGUCUUCUACUACUGCACCUAUGAAGGGGCUGUGGACCUGGACGCCAUUGCCGACGAGACACAGAGGAAAGCUCUGGAGGGCAUCAUCAGCAACUUUGGGCAGACACCUUGCCAGCUCCUCAAGGAGCCCCAUCCCGCUCGGCUCUCAGCAGAGAGCGCGGCCCGGAGGUUGGCUCGCCUCGACACACGCUCCCCCAACAUCUUCGAGAACCUGGACCAACUCAAAUCCUUCUUUGUGGAGGGUAUCAGCGAUGGGGUGGCCCUGGUGCAAGCUGUGGUCCCCAAGAACCAAGCGCACUCCUUCAUCACUCAGGGAUCCCCUGAUGUCCUGGUCACCGUGAGUGCUAACGGCUUGUUGGGAACCCAUAACUGGUUACCCUACGACAAGAACAUCUCCAACUACUUCAGCUUCACCAAAGACCCCACCAUCUCCAACGCCAAGACCCAGCGGUUCCUGCAGGGCCCCUUCGCCCCCGGAGUGGACCUCUGCUCCCGGACCUUGGCCGUGUCCCCCGAUGGGAAGCUGCUCUUCAGUGGGGGACAUUGGGACAACAGCCUCCGUGUCACUUUGCUGGCCAAAGGGAAGGUGGUUGGUCACAUCACCCGGCACAUAGAUGUUGUCACCUGCCUCGCACUUGACCUCUGUGGUAUCUACCUCAUCUCUGGAUCCCGGGACACCACCUGCAUGGUCUGGCAGGUCCUACAGCAGGGUGGGUUUUCCAGUGGUUUGGCUCCCAAACCCGUCCAAGUCCUUUAUGGUCACGACGCUGAGGUGACGUGCGUGGCCAUCAGCACCGAGCUGGACAUGGCGGUGUCGGGCUCCAAGGACGGUACCAUCAUCAUCCACACCAUCCGCCGAGGUCUCUUCAUCCGGUCCUUGCGGCCACCGGGUGAGAGCUCGCCACCCGCUGUCCUCUCCCACCUGGCGGUGGGACCAGAGGGGCAGGUGGUCGCCCAAACUGCUGUGGGUCAACGAACAUGCUUGAAGGACAGGUUUGCGUUGCACCUCUACUCGGUCAACGGGAAACACCUCUCCACCGUCCCCCUGGACCAGGAGGUGACGGCCAUGUGCUUGACGGAGGACUUCGUGGUGCUGGGGACCAUGCAGUGCGGGCUGGAGAUCCGGGACCUCCAGAGUCUCCAGGCAACCGUGUCCCCAGUGCCCAUGAGGGUCCCCGUCCACAGCGUGUCCGUCACCAAGGAGAAGAGUCACAUCUUGGUGGGCUUGGAGGAUGGGAAGCUCAUCGUGGUGGGCGCUGGGCAGCCCACUGAGGUGCGACCAGGCCAGUUCCACCGGCGGCUUUGGCGCUCUACAAGGCGCAUCUCCCAGGUCUCGUCCGGCGAGACGGAAUACAACCCCGCCGAGAGCAAGUCCUAGGCUGGAACCCACCACCCACGUACCCACCACCCAACUGGGGGGGUCUGAUGUCCUCACCCACCACCAAGAGCCGGACCAGGAGGGGAGAGGGACUCCCCGAGCUCCACCCAUGUGCUUCUCCAACUCCUGCUGGAGUGGGGACACGGAAUGUCCCACCUUCAACGUGGGGGACACCUUCUUCUUCUUGUGGUGGGACAGGAGAUGAGGAGAAGGUGGGGACCCCUCGCUGGGAAGGGGGGUGCCCGUCCGCCCGCUGGCCAGGAGCCGGUGCCGAGGCCCAACCGUGGUUUUUUUUACCCAUUUUUAGGUCUUUUACAGAAAAAAAAUUGAUUAAAA